GAUGGAUUAUAUGGUUGUUCUCCUGUCCCCUACCCCUGGCUCUCCUCUCUUAUCUAGCCAGCGUUUGCUUAUGUCACGUGAUACUUGGUAUGUGCUUAGACUAGUUAGUGAUAACUUACAAGGAGCUCAUUCAGUGCCCGUGAAGCACAGAACGGCAUGUGAGGCGACGAGUCUGCCGCUUGUGGCCCCGGCUACCGCUGGACGGAAUGAAUUCUGCUCGCGACUGCGCUGACAGGACGCUCAGCCGCGUCCGUCUGGCCAUUCUGCUGCCGUGAGCGCGGUCAUUGCUCGGACUCCGGACAGCAACGGGCGGUUUUUUUUCGCUGGCGCUCUUGUUUGUUGGGGCCGUCUCGGGCACAGUCACGGCCCCAUGCGGCAGAGCACUGACCUCAUCCUGCUUUGCGCCGCUCAUCAAGCUCCCUGGCGCCGUCCGAUUAGGAAAAAUACUUUCUUCAGUCCAGUUGUUGACCUGCUACCGUACUCUCUCAUCCAUUUUUCUUUGCCUCGGCCAUCGCUGGUAACAUUCUCCGCUCCUUGCCUUCACAUAUCAUCUACACAUCUCCUCACAAUGGCUGCAUUGAGAACCUCCGCAUUCCGUGCGAGCUCCUCGCUCAGAUCCGCUGCUUGGAAUGUGCAGAAGCGCAACGCCUCAACCUUGAAGGAGACCUUCGCUGCUCAAAUUCCAGCAAAGGUCGAGCAAAUCAAGAAGCUCAAGAAGGAAUACGGCAACGCAAAGCUAGGCGAGGUCACUCUUGACCAAGUCUACGGUGGUGCCCGUGGCAUCCGUGCCCUCGUUUGGGAGGGCUCAGUGCUAGACGCCGAGGAGGGGAUCCGAUUCCGUGGUAGGACGAUCCCGGAAUGCCAGGAACAGCUCCCCAAGGCCCCUGGUGGCAAGGAGCCUCUUCCAGAAGGUCUCUUCUGGCUGCUGCUCACUGGUGAGGUCCCCACUGAGGAGCAGGUGCGCCAGCUCUCUGCGGAGUGGGCUGCCCGCGCCGAGCUGCCCAAAUAUGUCGAGGAACUCAUCGACCGCUGCCCGAACGACCUGCAUCCGAUGGCGCAAUUCUCGCUUGCGGUGACUGCGCUUGAGCGCGAGUCCUCGUUCGCCAAGGCAUAUGCCAAGGGCAUGAAGAAGACCGACUACUGGCAGUACACUUUUGAGGACAGCAUGGACCUGAUCGGCAAGCUGCCCAACGUCGCUGCGCGUAUCUACCGCAACGUCUACAAGGACGGCAAGGUUGCUCCCACGGACAAGAGCCAGGACUACAGUUACAACUUGGCCAACAAGCUCGGCUUCGCGUCCAACGCCGACUUUGUCGAGCUCAUGCGUCUGUACCUGACCAUCCACUCCGACCACGAGGGUGGUAACGUCUCUGCACACACCACGCACCUUGUCGGUUCGGCGCUCUCGUCGCCCUACCUCUCGCUCGCUGCUGGUCUGAACGGUCUUGCCGGCCCGCUUCACGGCCUUGCCAACCAGGAAGUCCUCAAGUGGCUGCAGGAGAUGAAGGCUGAGAUCGGCAAUGACCUGUCUGACGAGAAGAUCAAGGAGUACCUGUGGGCUACGCUCAAGAGUGGCCGUGUCGUGCCAGGCUAUGGCCACGCCGUGCUCCGCAAGACGGACCCACGCUACGUCUCCCAGCGCGAGUUCGCGCAGAAGCACCUGCCAGACGACCCGAUGUUCAAGCUCGUUUCCCAGGUGUACAAGAUCGCUCCUGGCGUGCUUACCGAGCACGGCAAGACCAAGAACCCCUACCCGAACGUCGACGCGCACUCCGGCGUCUUGUUGCAGUACUACGGCCUGACCGAACAGAACUACUACACAGUCCUGUUCGGCGUGUCGAGAGCCCUCGGCGUCCUUCCUCAGCUCAUCAUCGACCGUGCAGUUGGCGCUCCAAUUGAGCGCCCCAAGUCCUUCUCGACGGAGGCGUACGCCAAGAUGGUCGGCGCUACCUUGUAAGCGGUUUGCACUCCACAUGUGAGGGCGCAUGUGCUCCGCGUUUGGCGGAAAUCCCGUCAUGUACGAUGACUCUCGGGUAUAUAUUCAGCGUGUUUGGAUAGACUGGUAGCUCGCAGGGGUUUCAACUGUAGGCUGGAGUGGGAAUUUGUCACAAGGCUCGGGUGUGGGGCACAAAAGUCGAUACUUCGUUGGAAUGUCUUAAUAUUCGGGUUGAGCGUUGGCCGGUCGUCCACUAGAUUGUCUCUCUUUGCAAAUCUUCAUCAGGAACUCGAUUUCCCUUA